AUGGCAAUUGCCUUUAACCAUUCAGGGGCAGGAGGCAAGUCAAAUGCACCAACCUCCUACACAACUAUCAGGACACUUUUGAGCAUACUCCGUAUUUCUAUUGCCUUGGCAAGACUUAGGUUUUCAGAAACUGUGGCUCAGAGUGAUGUCGAUGAAGCACUGCGACUGAUGCAUAUGUCCAAGUACUCGUUAUACUCAGAUGACCGCCAGCAGUCUGGCCUUGAUGCAAUAUCUGCCAUAUAUUCCAUCCUGAGAGACGAAGCUGCUAGGGCGCGCAGCAUGGAUGUGAGAUAUGCUCAUGCUCUUAACUUUAUCUCCAGAAAGGUACAGUUUCUACUUUCUACAUACACAUACUGGUACAGGUGCACAACUCGGAGGUGGAAGGCUAUGGGGUCGUCCUCGAAGGUGGUGCGGCCGGAGGAGGUGCUGGAGUCGCUGAAGAACGACGGCAGCAUCGAUGCGCUCCGCAUGAAGAUCAUCGCCCAGCUCAAGGCCAACGAAGAUAUGAAGAAAAACACUAUGAUGAUGGUGGAGCAAAGCAAGGUACUGAAUACUCCUGGAGCUGAGAAAAAGACCAAGAGGGAGUUAUUUGAUGCACUUCGACAGGAACUGGAGACUCCAGUCCUUGAGAAAGCCUCCAAGGCAGUUUGGGAGCUGAUUCUAGACAAUGGUGGAUUAGGGAAAGAGAUAACUGAAACAGUUGAGAAAGUCUUCUGCCGGCUCAGUGGAAUUGACAUGAUGCCACCUCCGCUUUCAGCCGCUGGUGCUCAUCAAGAGAAAGAUGACAUGGCUGUUGAUGAAGUUGUGAAGAGCAAGGAGGUGGAUGCUUUUGAACCAUCCUCAUCAAGGAAGAGACCCUUCAGCGACGUCAACCGAAAAGGAGCAGGUGCUUUACCAAAUGGCAGUGCUACAGACCAGCAUGAUGAGUCCGAGGAUAGUGACCAGAAGAUAUGA